AUGGCGGCGGCGGCGGCGGGAGCUGGGAUAUUCGAGCCACCGACGGCGGCUCUAUACGUCGGCGACGUCGAGGCACAAGUCACGGAAGCGCAGCUGAUCGACAUAUUUUCAGGCUUCCAUGGCUACCUCUCGGCUUCUCUGGUCCGUAAUAGCAGCUCCCUCACCAACAAUGGAGGUCCUCGCUGCUAUGCCUACGUCAAUUUCUCUACUCUUGAACAAGCAAGGCAGGCCAUGGAAGCAACUAAUCACAGAGUUGUCAAUGGAAAAGCAAUUAGAGUGAUGGAGGCCCAAUCCAACGCCGAAACACGAACCAGUGGGAUUGGCAACAUUUUUGUCAAGAAUCUACACGAUUCCAUUGACAAUGCAAAGCUGGAGGAAAUAUUCUCCAAGUACGGGAGGAUCCUGUCCUGCAAAGUGACCGUCUCUGAAGAUGGCAACAGCAAAGGCUAUGGCUUUGUUCAGUUCGAGUCACCAGAAUCUGCCUCCCUUGCAAUUGAAUCCGCCGAUGGCUCCAUCGUCGAAGGCAAAAAAUUAUCCGUGAGUAAGUUCAUGAGAAAGGAAGAGCGAUUCAAUCCGGAGAAUCCCGAGGAGUACCGCAACCUUUACUUCAAGAACUUGGACGACAAUGUGAGCGAGGAGAUCUUGCGAGAGAGAUUCUCAAAAUUCGGGGAGAUCACCAGUCUCCUCGUCUCCAAAGAUGAGGAUGGUAGAUCCAAAGGGUUUGGCUUUGUCAAUUUUAAGGAAACAGCCGCGGCACAACAAGCGCAACGGUCCAUGAACAUGAUCCAAUUUGGUUCUAAGGUGUUGUACGUAGCAAGGGCUCAAAAGAAGAGUGAGCGACAACAGUCACUGCGACAGCAAUCUGAGCAGCGAAGUGAGUGGUUACAGAAAUACAAGAACUGCAACUUGUACGUGAAGAACAUCAACGACGGUGUGGACGAUGCCCAACUGCGCGACCACUUCAGCAAAAUCGGCAGUGUCGUCGCAACCAGAAUCAUGAGAACGGAGAACGGCGUAAGCAAAGGCUUUGGGUUCGUCUGUCUGUCCACCGUCGAUGAAGCCGCCAAAUCUGUCACCCUUCUCAACGGGAGUCUGUUCCAUGGGAAGCCUCUGUACGUCGCCAUAGCCCAAACCAAAGAAGAAAGGAGACGGUUCCUUGAAGCCGUCCACGCCAAAAGAAACGCUGCAGCUCCCCCGUUCCCCAUUCCACCAUUCGCCUUUCCUCCUUUCCUUCCGCCGCCGCCGCCGUUUCUCCAUCAACCACCGUUCCCAUUCCCUCCCCGGUUCCCUCCAAUGCCGGGCUUCACCUUCCCUCCGCCUCUGCUACCAAAUCACAUUGCCAACUGCAUGGGCCGUCCUCCAUUGCCAUUCCGUCGACAAGGCCGCUUCGGUAACGCCGGUGCGAUGUUCCGGAGACCGGGUUUUGCACCGAUGGCUGCAAACCGGGUGCUACCACCACAGGGAAAGCCAGAUGAAAAGAGCAGGAGGGACUCUAAUCUGAGCGAAGAAGAAGAUUGGAGCAGCCAUCUUGCUGCUGCAACGCCACAACGACGAGAAGAAAUGAUUUGGGAUCGUCUCUUACCCUUGGUUCAGAAGCUCAAGGGCGAACUAGCGCCUCGAAUUACUCGGAUUCUGAUGGAGUUGGACCAUGCAGAGCAGCUGGUGCUGCUCGAAUCUGCAGAAUCGCUGGCUGCUAAAGUCGAGGAAGCAGAGAACACUAUCAACCAGACAAGCAACAACUAGCUAGUAACUGUUGCAGUUUUGAAGCUUUGCAAGAGCAUUAGACAUUCAGUAGUCGUCGGCUAUAUAUUUAACUGCUGUUUUGGACCUUUACAAGCAUUGCAUAAUAGAUGGGAUAAUAUCAUA